AAGGCCGAUUGAGCACAAACAAUUCAGUUUCAGUUCACAUUCUCGUUAGAAAAGAACUGGAUGUAUCAGAUAAGAUUAGUGAGUGACACGAUUUCGGUGACUUUAGUGGACAGUUGUAACACAAAAUGGUCCGUAGUUUAUCGCAGUGGACAAAAACUUUGAGUUUUCCCGCGAGAAUUUCUCCGAAUAAAAGUUCCAAAGAAAGUAUUAAUAUCCAUCAAGUUAGUGUCACGCCGACUUUGAGCAACAAUUCUUUAUCGAAAAAUAACGAAUUCAAUAAUAUGAUGAACAAUCAUGCCUCAUUAACAGAAGUUAACCAAAUUUAUUCGGAUCCUGAAUCAGAGAAGGCUAUUAUGAGCUCAAUUGUCUAUUGCAUUCACCACAAGGAAGGAUGUAAAUGGUCCGAUGAACUUAGAAAAUUAAAGGGACAUUUAAAUACUUGUAAACACGACGCUAUCCCUUGCACGAGUAAAUGCGGAGCGCAAAUACCCAGAGUAUUGAUGGAGGAUCACCUCAAAUACACUUGUCCGCAGAGAAGAACUAGAUGCGAAUUUUGUAACAAGGAAUUUACCGGACACGCUUUAGAAAAUCACGUCGGUCAUUGCGGAUACGAACCCCUGUAUUGCGAAAAUAAAUGCGGAGUUAAAAUACACCGGCGACACUUGGGUCAACACAAAAUUGGAGACUGUUCAAAGAGACUUGUGCCUUGCAGAUAUUGCACCAAAGAAUUCGUAGCCGAUACUUUACCAGCUCAUCACGUUAAAUGCGGAAGAGUACCAGUGCAAUGUCCCAACAGGUGCGACGUGAGUGUAUUGGCUAGGGAAGAAUUGGACACGCACCUAAAGGAAGAAUGUACAGUUUCGGUGCACAGUUGUAGCUUCAAAGACGCAGGAUGUAGAUUCAAAGGGCCUAGAUAUGUUAUAGAGAAACAUCUGGAAGAAAAUUGUCAACAACAUUUGAGUCUUAUGUGUAAUGUUGUAUCUAAACAACAACAUCAAAUAACGUCUUUGAAGAGCGCCUUAUCUAGGUUAUCUUUGAAUUAUUCCGGCACUUUAAUUUGGAAAAUUAGCGAUUUCGCUGCCAAAAUGGCCGAAGCUAAAAGUAAAGAGGGGAUGGAGUUGGUAUCGCCGCCUUUCUAUACUAGUCAAUACGGAUAUAAACUACAGGCAUCCCUUUUUCCAAACGGAAACGGCGCCGGUGAAGAUUCCCAUAUAUCCGUGUAUAUAAAAAUCCUUCCCGGCGAAUACGACGCGCUAUUAAGAUGGCCGUUUUCCCAUUCGGUAUCUUUUACGUUAUUCGAUCAAUCGACGUGUCCCGAAAAAGCCUGCAACAUAGUCGAAAGCUUCAUACCGGAUCCGACGUGGAAAAACUUCCAACGGCCCAGCAGGGAACCGGAUUCCUUAGGUUUCGGUUUUCCCAAAUUCGUCUCGCACGAAAUGCUCAAAAAAAGACAUUUUAUGAAAGACGACACCAUGUUUAUCAGAGUUAAAGUGGAUCCAAGUAAAAUUGUUGCCGUUUAAUCGCAUUAAUAUGUGUUAGAUUUGGCGCUGCUAUGGAACUGCCUUGAGUACUGUCUAUAUAUAAUUGUUCUGAAAACGUUUUUGAUGAUCUCAUUUUCCUUUUUCGAUAUGUAUAUAUAAAAGUGUAUAAAUGUAUAAAGAUAAUGUAAUUAGAGAAGUCAUCGGAAAAGAAACAUAUUUCGUAUUGUAUCGUGACUUAUUAUAUCAUAUAAACUAUCUGGUAUCGGAAGACUUCUUCGAAAAAGGUUUACAAGGUACAAAUCGGUUUAUUUCUGAAGGUAAUCAAUUAUUUUAAACUUUUUACUGUGGUGUCCUCCUAUAAUCGAUCCAGUAAGGCUUUCCCAACAUGCUACUCCUCGUUCUAAUAGAUCUAGACGAAUGUUCCACGACGUGGACCGUUUUCUUUAUAAUUCAUCGUUUGUCUCGGUUGUUUUUGCCCUCCAGUUCUCUAUUUCGUUCCCACAAAUCUUUUUCUUCUCCUUGACCACAAUGGUGUCCGUCGCGUUAUUCUUUUAGAAUAUUUCUGUUGGUUUUCUUCUCAUCAUAUGCCCGGCCCAGUUGGGUCUUUGAGCUUUUACGUAUCUCACUUUAUUUUCCUUCCUUUCUUCGUUUUUCUUUGCUCUCUUUUCUCUCUACUGUUUUGUAUUUGGACCUGUUACGGUUCUCCUUAUCUGUGUUGAUUAUUGUUGUUUCGCAUUUGGUUAUAUCACAUUUUCUUUUCGAAUUAAUUUGAUUCUUAAUAUUCUUCGAUCAAAUUAGUGCUAAAUGAAAUUAUUUUCAAUCGAUGUUAUUCGAUUAUAUGGGAUACGAAUAUUUUUACGAGCUUCUUGUUGCUCAAAUGUGAGGAUUUUAGUACAUACACUUUUCGCAUGUUGAAUGCAGUUUUUCGAAGUUGCUAACAGUCCCUGUUACUUUAUAGCCACACCUCGUAUAGUGCAUUUUAUUUUACGUUGCAUAUUAAAUGAAUUGAUUCAUUUAAUUUUGAACAGGAAGUAGAAAAACUAAAAGAUUUAUAAGUUUCUAUACAGUUGGCAAAUGUUUAUGUCACAUUACUAUUUUUUUAUUUCAUUUUCGAAUUAUUUUAAUUUAAUCUGGCGAUAAAACAGUAUUUGAUUCAAUUUCUAUGUAUCUUGAAUACUAAAUAAAUUGAAAUAGUUUGACAACCAUGUAUAUACAAAAUUUAGUAUGUUUGUAUACGUAAUAAUAUUAAAAAUUUUUGAACUUUUACGAUAACCAUUUAAUCAAAAAUCUUUUGUUUUAUUUAUAUUUAAACUGUAUAUUAUAUAAAUAAUAGGAUAUUGCCGAAUUUCUUGAAAAGUCACUACUAUGUUCAGGAAAUUUUGUAAAAAGUUUUUCGUUUUGUUAUGUGAUAGCUGGAGACCACCAAAGUUUUUGUUUAUAUUCGGUUCGUUUGUACUCGGUACACAUAAUAUUUUAGUCAUUUAAAUAUAAUUUUGUAAUAACUGGCAUCUAUUAUUCCAGUUUUGAAUAAAAUAAUACGUUUAACAACCGCCU